GGGAACUGUAGUUCGUUGGAGCAAGCGGCCACCUCCUCCGAGCCGCGCAGCUUAAAUACAGCACUAACGAUCGGUUUCAAUGGACCAGGAUUUCCCCAAACGUAGGUCCCCAUAUGUUAUUGUUGUUUUGGACUACAACUCCCAGCUAGCAGGACCAAUGAUCAGGGAUGAUGGGAAUUGUAGUCCGAGAUCCAAGUUUGGGAAACACUGCAUAAACCAGUGAUGGCCCUCUAGCUGUUUUUGGGACUACAGUUCCCAUCAUCCCUGACCACUGGUCCUGUUAGCUAGGGAUGAUGGGAGUUGUAGUCCAAAAACAGCUGGAGGGCCAAGUUUGGCCAUCACUGGCAUAGACCCUCUGAAGGGUUAGGGUUCUUGAGCACUUCCAAACAAAAGGUGGUAAAAGCAAAGAGAAGCCUUCCCGUUUUUUAAGAAUGAAAAAUGUAAGUGGUGGGGCCGUUUUGAACUGGCAGCUGAGCUCUCACUUGCGCCCCAGGAGAUAUUUAAAAAUGGCAGCGCCCAUGUGAACCAAGAAAUCUGAUUCCUUGUUCAUGCAGCCGACUAAAGGUGGUUCAGGGAGGAGCAGAAGCGCACCUUCUGUCCUCCAGAUGUUGUGCACUACAACUCCCAUUAUGCUUCACCAUCAGUUGUUCUGGCUGGGGCUGAUGGAAGCUGUAGCUCAGAGGGCACCAGGUUGGGGAAGGCUGGAGUAGAAACUGGCAAUGGGUGUAAAAGUAAUGGGAAGGGCAAAGGAUGUGUAGGUUAUGCUGUGGAUAGAAAUGCGUGUUGCAUUUGUGCCUCACAGCACAAUAGGGUACAUGUCUACUCCAAAGUAAGUCUCAUUGAGUUCCAUGGGACUUACUCAUGGGUAAAAGGGACAUGGGUGGCGCUGUGGUCUAAUCCACUGAGCCUCUUGAGCUUGCUGAUUGGAAGGUCGGUGGUUUGAAUCCACACAAUGGGGGUGAGCUCAUGUUCCUCUGUCCCAACUUCUGGCAACCUAGCAGUUCGGAAGCACGCCAGUGCAAGUAGAUAAAUAGGUACCACUGCAGCAGGAAGGUAAAUGGCAUUUCAGUGCACUCUGGCAUUUGUCACGGUCCAAUGUACGCCAGUAGCAGUUUGGUCAUGCUGGCCACAUGACCCAAAAAGCUGCCUGUGGACAAAUGCCGGCUCCCUUGGCCUGAAACGAGACGAGUGGGUCCUUUACCUUUACCUACUCUUAGGUAAGUGGGUUUAGAAUUGCAGCCUCAAACUCAAGUGCUGUUUUAGUUCUAGAGGAGGGAAGGCUUGGGAAAACAUAUUUAUAAAAGAAUACCAGCAGCAUUCUGUUAAUUUGCACACAUUUUCUGAGAAGGCAAAAAGUCUCCUGAAAAAUUAAACUUUGCCAGAUGCUUUCAAUUACUGCUAUGUUGCUGUUUUUCAAGUUCACAGAGUUACUCAAACCACGGCAGAUGUAUCUUUCAAAUGGAAACAGAAAAGGCACCUCUGAUCUUGUCAACUCUGCUGGCUGGGUCAUGGGACAAUUUGUUCAGUUAAAGAGACCUACAGAUAUGUUUGAAACUUCGGUUCGUCAGAGGAUGUUAAAAGUUUGAGAAAUGCGAGGUGCAAAGCUUGGUAUGAGGCAUGCUUGUGGAAUUGGAAGACGGGAUCCAUCCCUUCUCUUCGUAGCCAAGAAGUGCAAGAUGCAGGAUAAAAAUAAAGACUAUCCAAAAUCCAUGGCCAGACAAUAUUUGUUAAGACCAACUGAAAUGUAACAAAACAGGGCCAAUUUUUAGUGUUCCUCUGUUCUCUUAUUAGGCUGCAUGGGAGAAAGGGAGAGAAGCUGGCUUGGCAUUAGAAUAUACAUUUAGUCACAGAAUGAGAUAGUACAGCAUACUCCAAUUAAUUUCCAUAUGGAAAUUUAGAUGCAUGCAUAUGGUUAAGUGAACUACAUAGUCCAUAUGUUAGUCAUUAAGCUGUCUGGAGACUAUUCAAGUUUCAGGUUACUGCUGGGACUAAAAGCCACCAUCCGUUCGAAAUACAUUAUUUCCCUCAACAUAUUCUGAGCACUGUCGUUUGUUAAGGACGCUGCAGAUUUUUCUUUAUAUACCGAAAAGCCCAACCCUAGCCUCCUACAAGGAAAAGGUUUGUACCAUAAUAAACCGGUGAAUCUUUUAAGGUUACGGCAGCUGCUCCGGAAGUUCUAAAAAAAAAAAUGGGUAAUACACUAGGUGCCCAUCAGUGUUUUAAAAGCAUCGCAAUACUUUAGUCCUUUUCUGUAACAGUGCUGCAAAAAGUACUUUCAAAUCUCGCGAGACUUGCUUUCUUCCGACAGAAGCCAGCGUGAGAGAGAGAGAGAGAGAGAGAGAGAGCGAGCGCACGCGCAGUUACUCUUCGAUACGACGUAGUUGGCAGUUGGGAGUAGCAAGUGACCACCCGAGUUCUUCUGCCCAGCCAGCCAAUGGGGGCGCUCCUCGCUCGGGCCGCGGGGCUUUCGAGGGCUCGGUCGGCGAGACAAGAUGGCGGCGCUUAGCGCUGAGGCGUCUUCUCAGAUGGGUAAGGCGCGGCGGCGGCCGGCAGGGCAGGGCACGCUCUUUUUAGGCGUGGGAGACGCGACCUGCCCGGACGCAGCGUGACGGCGACAAGGAGGAAGGGGAAUGACUGCGCCCGCCUCAAGGGGGGGGGGGCUGGUGGGUGCCCUCUGCACAUGGCCAGGAACGCUCGUGCUAUUUUUUUUGUAAUUAUUCCCAGCCCAAAACCCCGCCUUUUUUCCGAGGCUCCCGGCGCAGUAAUAUAAAUCUCAAACCCUUUUUAAUGUCCAAUUUUUCAACCUCAAAAAGCCACACAAGUAGCAACACACAGACUAUGGAAACGUUUGAAAACGAAUGAACAUUAAAUUAAAUAAAACUACACAAGGGGAUCUCUGCAUUUUUCAAGGCCGGUGGUCCCAAACACAGGACGUGUAAGGGAUAUAUGUAAUCCUGCAAAAAAGAGAGCUGCAUAUUCUCUGAUAAGAAUACUAUAUCAAAAUCUGAUUUCCUCCCCACUAGGGGGAGUAUUGUACUGCUGACACAACUACACAAUUUUGCACCCUCCCAGUGCUUUGCACCAACCUCAGGAUUGCUUUAUCUCUAGCAUCUUAAUAAUUAGAUAACCUGAUUUAUUACUGUAGAAAGGACUGGCUGCUGGCAUGUUUUCAGUUUCUGAAAGAGAGAACAUUGCUGCUUUAAUUUCAAGGUUUUUUGGUUUGUUUGUUUUUAACAUAUUAGAGAAAAAAGGGCCAGUUUAAAGGAGUGGAUUCAUUGAAGUAUGUUUUACACCAUCUCCAAGCACCAUUCUAGCAUUUCAAUCUCUUCUGAUUCAGAUGAAACAGAACUGGGUGUCCUCCAUAUUGGUGACACCUCACUACGAAACACUGAGCAGUUUCACAUAGCUGUUAAAUAAUAUGUCAGCUUGCAUGGAGCAUUAUUAUUAUUUAUACUCCACCCCACUCUGGGUGGCUCCCAGCAGAUUAAAAACAGAAUAAAACAUCAAACAUUAAAAACUUUCCUAAACAGGGCUGCCUUUAGAUAACUUGCAUGGCACCAAACAAUGAUGCCCUCAUAACUACCCUGCAGGUAACGGUGAAACUGCUGAAGUACAGUGUCCGCAACCUUGAUCUCCCUGGGCUGUUCCAGAAGAAUACCAUUGGCAACCGUAUCAAAAGUCACUGAGAGGUUGAGAAAAAUAAGUAGGUAUAGAUGGCUCUACCUAACUGUACUGUCCUGCUUUGAAUCAGCAAUGUUGUCCCUAAAAUGCAGAACAAAUUUGUCACAGCAGGCUGCUCAGGGUGUCAGAGCAGCUCUCUUGGCCAGAUGACAACAGCCCAUUUGCUGCUUGGAAGCUCUGCUGGACAGCUACCUGCAGUUGCAGUGGUGGCCACUGGUGGAGGAAGAGGGGGCCGGGACAGCACACCGCCCCUGGCAGCGCGAUCCCGGUGGGGUGCAAUCACGGCUGCCCCGCCCCCUGCAGGCAGCACGCCACCCCCAGGAUGUGUGCCACGCCCCUGUGGGCGGUGUGCCACACCCCCAGGAUGCGCAGCAGCCACGCCCCUGCCUGUUCUCUGCCCCCCCCCAGUGCCAGAGCAUGAAACUCCGCCACUGUGGGCGGUGUGCCACACCCCCAGGAUGCGCACCAGCCACGCCCCUGCCUGUUCUCUGCCCCCCCCCCCCGGUGCCAGAGCAUGAAGCUCCGCCACUGGUGGUGACACCAAAGGCACUCAGUAGCAGUUGCGUCAAUGGCUCUGUGCAGCCCACCAUUUCAGUGUGACAAGAAUGACAGCCAACUGCUUAGCAUCUUCAGUCUUUCAUAAUGUAUGAGAGUUCAAACUAUGUAGGGGUGCUGGGAUGUGUAUUCUAGCCCCACCCCAACAUUCCCAACUCCUUCCUCUUCUGCCAUUUUUCAUUCAGCAUAAAGGUAUGCAGGAAGAUUCUAACUGGAACCCAGAUUGUGCAGGGUUCCCAGUUGCAGAGAUCACAUUCAACUGAACACUGUUAUAAUUCCCCUUUGAACCAUUGUACAGAAUAUGUGAAGGUCAGCAAAGAACUCAGUAUACAGGGGAUUUUGGGGUAGGGCUUUAAACUUUAAACCUACACAGAUUCUUCCAAAUGCCUGAAGAGCACUUUUCUCCACUAGGCACCAGAGCCUAAUUUAGGAAGAGAUGUAGUAAUUGUAUCCACAUCCCUCAUUUGUAUAAAGGACAGUGACGGAAAUCAUGCAUGCAAAAUCAUGGCUAGUAGAACAGGCUUCCAUCAGCUGUGUUUGGUUACUUAGUAGUGAGGAAAACAUUGCAUGUGCUCUGAGAUAUGCCUUUCCUGCCUGCCCCCAGACUCAAGCUACAACAUAAAAAUGAUUUUGGAAGCUACAUACACACUAGAGACCUUUGACUACUGUGUUGUAUGUGUUAACUUCAGACAAUUUAUCAUGCUUGCUUCAGUGUUUUUCAUCCCAGAGAAGCAAUCUUUAUUUUCCUACUUCUUUGAUUUUAGCACAUGCCCCUGGAAAAGAGAGACAAAAUUUUCAUUGAAUUCUGAAACCCUUUUAGGUUUCAUGCAUCAAAGCUAAUGUCCUCCAUGAAUAAAUCAAAGCUUGUACAACUUGUCUUUUAAUGCAGAACAAUGGCAUACUCUUAUACAUUGGGUUGCACAGAAAAGGCAUUUUCUGCCAUGUAAAAGACAAGUUACAACUAUUGAUAACAAACUGAAAAGUGUAUCUUGAUGAAGGAGCUGUACUUAUCCUAAAUUCAGUUUCCUGUCUGAAAUACCUUUCAUAAGGAGGGAAAGUUCCUCCCUUUGUUUUAACAGCUAUUUUUAUGUUCCCCCAGUUUGCAAUAUAUUUUCUGAAAUGCCUGCACUGGAAGUAGUGUUUGUAGCAACUGUGGUGUAUCACUAAUUCAGUAGUGUCCCUAUAGAUUAACUAUAAACAUGUUAUUUCCUUUGCUUCGUUGCUUCAAAAGCAGUGAAGUCAACCUCUUUUCAGAUACAUGCAGUUGAUCAUCUGUCAGCAGUGGUAUCUGAAAAGCUGCUUCCUGGAUUUAAUGGCAAGCAACUGCAUAUUGUGCAACACAGAGUGGGAAGUUCUAAAGAACAAAUUAAAUUGGCAAAGGUAAACAUUUGAGAAGCACUUAACUUUCCACUUUCAUAGGAGAGGUCUGCUCCCCUGUUUUCUUGCAAGAACCAAGCUUUGCAUUUGUAAUGCAUGCAUUUGUUGAACUAGUUGUGCCUAAGGCACCAGGUCUGGCAAGCUACUGGUUCCACUAGUUAGGUUGUGCCCAAGGCACCAGUGUCUCAUUGUGCUAAUAUACUGGUUUCACUAGUUAGGUUGGCCACAAAUAAUGUAACAAACAAUUGUUACAACAAGUGCUGUAUAUGGCUUGCUACUAUUAGAGAUACAAUGCAGUAGUCUGAAUUAUAGAGAACUCUUAGCAAUCUACUUCUAUGUAUGUCUACUCAAAUGUAAGCUCCAUCAAAUUCAAUGGGGCUUACUUUCAGGACUGCAGCUUAACUUAAAAUGGUAGAAAUUUACAGCCAUAGGGGGACAAAUGUGGAUCAUUUGGUCAUUGAGCGAAUUAAUCUGUAGAAUUUACCCAGUGUGUUAAAACUACCACCAUAAUUAUUGGUGAGAGGAGAGAACAUUGGAUGAAGUCACUGAGCUGUAUUUGUAGUUGCUAUUCAGAGAUGGAGUUUGCAUAUUCAGACAGAAUAUGACAAUUCCAGAUAAAUAUUGACAGUUGCUCAGAUAAAUAUUGACAGCAGUUUAGUUCUCUACUAGUUGGAUCCAUUGGGUCUGACCUGUAGGAAAGCCUCAUUGUUUAAUAUGUAACUGAUGGAAGUAGUUGAGUACAUAUGUGAAAUGAAGUGGAAUCAGGCUGCUGAACAUAUGGCUAACAAUUAUUCUUUAUUCUAAUGAGUUCAGUUGUUAUUCUCAGUUUUUCAAUUGAAAUUCAGAAGACCUAAAGAUAAAAAUAUUAAAGUGUUCAUGUGGGGACAACACAGGGAGAAAUAACUUACUUUGAAUGUAGAAUUUGAAGGACAAUUUUUUUCCCUGUGGCAAAAGAUAAUGCAGUAAUCAAUACAUGGUUUCUAUUCAGAUCUUGUGAGGGAACACCAAAUCUAUACUAGUGAUGAAAAAAGCAAACAGAAGAAACGAAAAAAAAUUACUGUGUUCUUGCUGACACUAACAGAAAAUGAUACUGGCUUCUCCAUUUUGAGCUUAUCCCAGUCAAUAGUACUUAGCAAUAAGGGAUACUCCAUUUUAAAAUUUGCCAUGAGUGUUUUGUGCCUAGCAAGUGUUGGUGUAUUUCUUUUUCCUCCCCUCUUCCAGUAACUCAACAUUAUUCCAAAUUGUUUCGGUUUCCUGUUUUCAUUUCCACAUUUCCCUUAUUUAUCCCUCACUUUUUCCCUUCUUCCCAUCUCCAUUUUACAUACUAUGUUAUUUAUGUUAUUGCUCAAGAUGGCCAUCUAUGUAAUGACCUGGUAAGAAUCAUAAAUCAAGCAAUGCUCUUUCUAUUGACAAGAUAUCAUAGUCCCUGUGGUUUUUAACAGUAAUGUUUUUUAGGUGGAGACUGAACCAGAUCUCACUGGCGCAUUGAUCUUGGAACAUCCACAUCUUGCUCGAUAGCCACUUCCUUAGAUGGUAUUGUCUUCCAUUUUCCAGCCACUGCUUCCUCUAGCUCACCUUUAUUUCUAUAAAGGUUUAUAUUCAGCAGUAUCAGGAUUUGUGAGUGGUUUUUUGGUGGUAGCAAAGUGAGGCAUUCUAUCAAUGUGAACCAGACAGAACUGGAAGCUCAGCAAUAGUGUACAGUAUUUUAGUCACUUGGAACCUUCUUGUGGUUGAACUAAGAGCCAUUCAGCAUCUGUGUCAUCAUUCAGAUGUUGAAGCUUUACCAAUGGUUUCCUUUCAAAUUUAUUUUCACUAUUUUUUUUAAUAUAUAAUUUUUUAUUAAUUUUCCAAUACAUUUAUACAUCUUUAACCAAAUUGUAACAAAACAUCUCUUUUGGACUUCCUUCAGUUUCCCUGGCAAUCAUCCAUGGUUAUCUCUUAAUUACACAUUCCCUUAAUUUAUUUUCACUAUUAGUCCCGAUAGCUUUCAUCAGUUUGCCUUUCACUGAAAAAUUUUCAAGAGUUUUAUUUGUGUCUCUGGAGAAUGAGUUUGCCCUUGGUUUGGGGGCUAAACUGUGAUGAGUGCCGUCUAUUUCCAAUGCAGGUAGUUAGAUAGUUCAGGAGCCCAACCCUCCAGUCUGGAAUCCUAUACUGUCCCCGUUCUUCACCCUCACAUUCCUAUAGAACCCACAAGUUCCCUGACCAUUCAGUUUUAAUAGAAAAUUCCAUGAGUGCAUAUUUAAAACACCUUUUCAUCCCCAUAUCCAAUGGUACCAUAGUAGUGCAUUUUAAUUAUUAAUUUUAUGCUUUAAUUCAGCAAUUUUUGAAGGCAGCUUGCCACUUUACAGAUGAGUUUUAUUUUGUUACUUCUUUGAGGAGCUCUGCAGCAACUGUCAUCUCCCUUUUUUUGCACUUUUGAUUGCUUUGGCCACCAUUUGAUUGCUUUGGCCUAUGAGAUUUAUUUCACAUCAGCUGAAACAGAGGUACCAACUGCCAUACAGUUUGCUGUUAAUUCAUGUCCAUUACAGUGGUGCCUCGCAAGACGAAAUUAAUCCGUUCCGCGAGUGUCUUCGUCUAGCGGUUUUUUCGUCUUGCAAAGCAACCCUAUUAGCAGCUUAACGGAUUAGCGCUAUUAGCGGUUUAGCGGCUAUUAAAGGCUUAUUGGCUUAGCGGAUUAGCUGCUAAAAGGCUAUUAAAGGCUUAGCGGCUUAGAUAAAGGGGGGGGAAAGCGAAAAAAAAAUCUCAAGACUCGCAAGACAUUUUCGUCUUGCGAAGCAAGCCCAUAGGGAAAUUCGUCCUGCGAAGCAACUCAAAAACGGAAAACCCUUUCGUCUAGCGGGUUUUCCGUCUUGUGAGGCAUUCGUCUUGCGGGGCACCACUGUAGCUAGUUGUCCUAUGUUCAACAUACACUUCCUGAGGCUGCUUCUUUUAUUAAGGAGGGAUGAUAAAAGCCAGUGUGGUGGGCAGUUUUUCUGCUAUGGGAGAAAACACUUAUGCUUCCAUCUUUCUUUGUGUGUGCACACCCCUUUUGCCUACCAGGUAAUGAUUACAGUAUUUUAAAAAAUUAAAAAGUGAUGAAUGUUAUAGGACACUGAUUCAUUAUCUUCUUGCAAGAAGGGGAGAAAACAGCCUUAGAAAUAGUUGGUGUACAUAAAUAAAGAAUCAAGAGCAAUAGGUAGACAAAUAUAGAAAUGUUCAGUAAUUUAUUCCAUAGAUUUCUUUUUCCACUAGAUGAUGCUUUGUAUAGCUACUCUGUACCACUUCUGAUAUUCUAAUAUGACAUUUUGCCAGCUAAAAUGCAAUUAUAACACAUUCAGAAACAUGGUUGCUCAAAAAUAAGUCCCACUGAGUUCAAUGGGUCACCCCCAGUUAAGGUAUGUACAGGAUUGCAGCCUUAGAAUAUUAUGUGCCACCUAUAUAACAGAAGUAUUAUACAUUAUCCAGGGUUUGAUAGCACUCAAAUUUCUAGUACAGUCAUACCUCGGGUCGAAUACACUUCAGGUUGAGCGUUUUUGGGUUGUGCUCCGCGGCGACCCGGAAGUAACAGAACGUGUUACUUCUGGGUUUUGCUGCAUCCGCAGACGCUCAAAAUGACGUCACGCGCAUGCACGGAAGUGGCAAAUUGCGAGCUGCGCAUGCACAGACGCGGGUUGCGUUCGCUUCAGGAUGCGAACGGGGCUCCAGAAUGGAUCCCGUUUGCAUCCAGAGGUACCAGUGUAUAUUUUUUCUUAGGCAUUCUCCAUGCUUUGAAUUAUACCCAUCUCAAUCUAAAUGUAGUGGUGUUAAGGGCAGCUAAAUAAGUCUUAAUAGAAUGAUCUCAAACUCUGCUAAUGAGUGGUAAAACUUAAGGGAAAUCAAGUUUCUUCCCGCAGCAAUAAAACAUAUAUUUUGCAAUACCUUAGGGAAAGCAACUACCCAUAAUAGAAAUGGCAUGUACAAAAAUUAUUAGAGACUUGUCAAGAAGGAACACAACAUGGCUUGGAUUUAAUUAAGUAGUGCAUAUCCAUUUUUUGAUUCGUUUUGCCAUAGAAAAUCAGGCACAGCAUUUAUAAUGAAUAUAUUCUUUUAGUAACAAUUCUUUUUAAAACUUGGCAAUCAGCAAAGACUUGUGUGACAUACAAAAAACAUUACAUUUUCAGCAAAUUCCUUUGGAUAGUCCUAUUUUCACCUCAAUAUUGUAUUUUAAAGAAAUCUUAUACAAGCUGCUGCAGUUAUAAGAUGCAUUUCACCAUAUUUGCUAUACAUUUAUUCUAGGUUCUACACAGUGACUUCUGUUUCAGAGGCAAUGUACACAAUAUCGUUCAGAAUUUGGUGCUGGUACUUAUGGUUUGCAGAUUCACAAUACCACCCAUUUAUAUAUACCGUAUUUUUUGCACCAUAGGGCACACCCAGUUUUUAGGGGGAGAAAUCAAGAAAAAAAAUAUUCCCCCCCCCCAGCCCCAAAGAGCAGUGUACAGGCUGUGCACAACCUCUCCCUGCCGGAGGGGUUGAGCGGGGCUAUGGCACAAGCCAAGGCAGCAAGCAGGAUGGAUCCCGCUCGCUGUUUUGGCUUCCCCUUUAGCCCCGUGCAGCCUCUCCUUGCCAGGAGAUGCUGCCCAGGGCUAAGAAUCCAUAGCCCCGUGCAGCCUCUCCUUGCUGGAGGGGUUGCGCACAGCUAUAGAGCAAGCCAAGGCAGCAAGCGGGAUGGAUCCCGCUCGCUGUUUUGGCUUCCCCUUUAGCCCCGUGCAGCCUCUCCUUGCCGGGAGACGCUGCGCAGGGCUUUACUGGGAGGUGGGGGGAUUCCCUUACCUCUCCCAAAAGCCCGCAGAAGCCGCCCAACCCCUUUAAAGAGAUCGUGGCUUCUGGCUUUUCUGGGAGGUGGGAGAAGGGACUGAUGCGGCCAGUCAGUCCCUUCUCCCUCCUGGGGAAAAGCCCGCAAGAGCGCACGGAGCUUGUGUGCGGCUCUUGGGGGCUUUUCCCGCCUGCCUCCCCCCUGCAUUCGCUCCAUAGGACGCACACACAUUUUCCCUUGCUUUUUAGGAGGGAAAAAGUGCGUCCUAUGGUGCGAAAAAUACGGUAUAUAUAAAAUAGUUACUGUAUUUUGUCACCCCACACUAUAGAUUCUCAUGUGCUCACAUACACAAAAUGUUGACUUGUGCAUGCAGGGUGCCUCAUUUUAUUGAGGAACUUGAUCUGGAAGUACCUUCUUCUACAGAAAUAAGAAAAGGCAUAUGCAAACUGAACUCCAUGUGCCCACUGUGGGAUUGGAAUAUUUAGGACAAUUUCUAUUUAAAAGCAAGCCCCUUAGCGAUGACAGUAAUUUUCGAUUAAGCUAAUUUUUGGUUUGUGUGAUGGUAUUGUUAGCAGAAUGGCAAAAUGUAUAUGGGUGCUUCAUUUAACCACACACUACUAAUGUAUAGUUUUCCUGGCCACACUUUAUUACUGUAGCCAACUAAGAAUAGCAAUACAUCAAUCAAAUCCAGACCAUUCAGCUGAUAAAGCACACAAAAUUAUGGUACUAUAGAUUAACAAUCCAAAGCCUUAAAUGAUAUGAUUAAGGGUAGGGUCAUAUGGAAACAGCCUUUGUGAAUUCCCUCGAGAGUACAUGCCACGAGGUUUAGAGGUGGGAUGUACUGGUCUUCCAUGGAAGUAUGUUAUGUGAAACCAUGCCAAUACAUGUGAAGCAUAUGCAGAUGCAAUAACCACAGGACAACAGCUUGAUGAACUACUACUAUCGUUAUGGGAACAGGGACUGCCAUGUACAGAUGUCAGUUUAUGCCAAUGAAGUUUUUCCAGAUGCAUCUGGCGGCAGCCCUGCACAUUUCAAAGGCAACUGUGUGGUCUCUUACUGUCUUAUAUGAGAACCAGCCCUACGAAGCAGAACUAUUUUAACAGUAUAACUAAGACCAUGUGACCUAAGCAUUUAUGUAUAGCAUAUAUGGAUCUAGAUUAAGUAGCAUAGGUUCUAUUAAAUCUAAUUCCAGUUAUCAUAUAUGUGCCAUAGUCAUGAUUUGUGUAUAUAAAAAAAUAUUGAUCCUUUGUAGGAUUAUAAAUACUCUUCUACAUGUAGAAAUAUGCAUUUUGAUUCUGAUUAUCUUGCUGUACACUUUUCCUGUCUAUUUUACAAAAGCUUUGUUUCACAAGUAAUCCCGUUUCAUGGCUUUAUUGCUCCACGUUUUAAAGCAAAGUACUGCAAAAAAGAAUAGCAAUAGAUGACUCCAAAUAAAUGGGUCAAUUUGAUGAAGAAAUUUCUAAAUAUUUAGCAUUUGUUUUGGUACUCAAUUUUGCCAUUACCACACACAGUUUUUCUAGCCCUCCUUCAUUGAAUCCAGACCAUCAGUAGUCCUCAGCCUAUGAAUAUACACCACCGAUGCAGUAACUUAUAUAUUCCCUUCAUCUAACAUUUUGUUGACACCAUCACAGAGUCUCUGAAGGUGAGACUUGUAAGAUCCAAAUGGAUUGUACAAGGCAGCCAAAAAUUCACAAUCUGAGAAGUGAUCAAACACGUGGUUGACUCGUCCAUGAGAUUUCGCAGUUAGGUGACGCUGAAUGAUUUCAUGAAGCAGGUCUCUGCAUUCAUUCAAGAGUUUUGACAAAAACUUUCUGUCAAAGGUAUAAUCCACUUGAUGGAAGCUCACCACAGUUUUGGCCAACUGGUGAACUUUCUUCUUGAAUUUCUCCAUAAGGAUGAUCUCUUCUUCAUUAAACUGGUUAUUCCGGUAGAGGAUUGCUAACUUGAUUACAGUCUUAAUGAGAUUUUUAAUGAUCUUCUCCGCUUCCUUUUUGCUUUGUGUGUAUUGCCUUGUCACUCUGUAAAGUUCAUCCAACACAUCACUGCUAGUGUCAUCUAUCAAAGCAUUUGCUAUGGAUUUAGAUGCCAUUUUGCCAAGGAUUUUCUUCUGGGCCUGGAUGGCCAAACCUUUGGAAUUGAAGACAUCUGUUGCCACUGGAAGAAAAGGAGUAGAUGUUAGUACCUUCAGACCAUCUGAUGCAAUCCAUUGAAUGUGAAAGCAUUUUAAAGCACUGUGUGAGGGGGAAAUAACUAAAGUUUCCCACUACAUAUAUUUCCUGUAUUAAAAUGCUGAUUAAUUUCCUUGUGUAACAAUUAAAAGAACUAAAACCUUUAUACUACUUAGGAGGGUAUAUUUUUUAUAUUUAAGUACUGAUGUUGGUAUUACUGUUUCAGUGAAUGGUACCCUAUAUUGCUUACUUGAAAUAUAAUCACCUAAAGGAAUCCUGAAACCAAUGGGAAGCUAAUUACAGACCCUAAAAAAAAUAAAAAUCCUAAAAAAAAGAUGAAGUACACCUGAAGAACACAGAGAAAGAUUAUUUAUUUCUAGGCAAAAUACCCAGAAUUUUCAAGAAGCAAGGGUGGUAGCUACUGGGCAAAGCAGUUUAUCAUGAGAUGAGAAGAGGCUGAGCAAUGAAAGCUUCCCUUAAAUUGGGCUGGGGGACUGAUUGAGCGGAGGCUUAUCUGUGCCAGAAGCCAGACUCUCCCUUCUGCCUACCAAACAUACUGGUGGGAGCCAUUAGAAAGUCCUGAAAUGGGAUAUUCUGAGGGCUGUGGAAUGGCUGAGCCAAUCCUGGAUUGAGUAUAUCCUGAGCCGGUCUCACUGCUGUUACAUGAUGGCAUCUGGCUGGCUGGUGCUCCAGCAUGGAGCUGGUGUGGGCAUAGUGCUGCCACCGUUAGGCUCUAUCAUCCUGCCCUCUCCACUUCUACCACUAUGAGCAGCAGGGCUGCAGAUGUAGCAGUGGCCCUGUUGCUCUAAAAAGCAAAAAAGGUAGUUAGUGGGAUCUUGGAUUGCGCCUUGAAUGUACAUAUUUGAACACUAAAUGUGCACUUUGGUUGGUAAGGACAAUUUGUUUGUUUUGAGUGGAAUAUAGGAUUGUGGUUCUUUGUCUUAAGUGUCAGAUUUCCAUGCCUGUGCUGACAUACUCCCCAUAGGACACAUGACCCAUCUGCAACACCACAAAAAGCUGCACUGUAUAAAGAAACACCUUGUCUGUCCUGAAUCUAGUGCCAAACAAUUCAGGAUUUUUUUUGGGGGGGUGAGGGGAUUCUUUCUAUUCAUCUUUUCCACAUCACAACAUUAUUUUAUAAACUUCUAAUAUGCUCCCUCAAUUGGUUUUCCUAAAUCCACAAAAGCUUUAGCCCCUGUUUCCCAGCACAGCAGCUGUGGGCACAAUAUCUGCAGAGACAAAACUAAAGUCCAUCAUGAGAGCCAUCCUUAUCUUGGAAAGUUACACAAGUGGGCUAAUUCAGACACACUACUCCACUGGAAGAAAAAUAGAGCAAUUCUGAGAAAUAUGAUCUGGCCCUCCAAAAGACAGUUUAGAUCUUGCAACAGCUAAGGGGAAUACUGCUUUAUUUGUUGUUUUUUUAAAAAUCCAGCUAAUCACAUGCAUAUGGAUUAGCACAAAGCUUUAUGCAUGUCUACUCCUAGACAAUAUUUGUUGAGAGAAUAGCUAAUGAACUUUGAAUAAAGUCUUACUCCAAGAGCAAAAUAUGUACAUCUGGAAGACUCCUACCGAUCAAAUCCUGGAACUUGGAAUGUAUCCAAGAUAUCCUACUAGCGCUCAUGACAAAGAUUCUGCUAUUAGACACAGUCUAAACAGUUUAUUUUAACUCCCAGAUCAUUUAAACAUGUCUUUUAAUAGCCCAAUUUUCACAGAUGAAGCUACUCAGAUGCCAGAUGAACUAUUGUGAUCUAUUUUAAGAGAAGCAACUGGGAUCACAUGAUGGACAAACUUGUGUUUUAACCAUGUGAUGGAGGGAGAGUCAGUCGAUUUAAGAAAUAAAUAGUGAACUUAAUGGCUCACUUGUAGUCUCAAUUGUAAGAAUCAAAACUGCAAACUGGAGUCAUGUUUGAAAUGAAAGUUGUGCGAAUAGAAGAUUGUAUCACUUGCUUAAUACAACAAAACUGCAUAGAAUACAAAAGAGGCAGCAGCAUGCCACACUAUAACUAAUAAUAUUGCCUGGAUAGCUCCAUUGGUUAGAACAUGGUGCUGAAAAUACCAAGGUAGCCAGUUUGAUCCCUGUACGUAUGGGACAGCUGCAGACAAACACAGCUUACUGCUUGACCAAAGAUUUUAAACCAAAUGAAUGUGAGUAGACAGAGUGACAGUUGGCUAUGGUAUUUGUGGAUUUGUUGCUGCAGGCUUUGCCUCAGCACAACCUCUGUGCUAACAUUCCAACUUUCUAUCCAUCAAGCCUAGAUUUUGCAUGCCAAUGGCAGUUGACAGUUUUAAAACCAGCAUGUAUUAACAUUUAUUUAACUGCAAAAGCACUCUGUUUUUCUUUGCACAAGAGUCACAGGGACGUUAUCAUUAAUUUUUUAGUUGCUUUUCCUCACAAAAGUGAUGCAAAGCGGCUUACAAAAAUAGUAUAAACAUUAAAACCAGUUAUAACACCCACACAACCAGUAAAUGCCUAAAAAGCACAUCUAUGCAGAUGACAGGUCAUACAUAUCCCACCACACUAAAAGAGGCAACAAAUGUAUGAAACCCUUCAAAUUAAGUAAAAAGGAAAGCUUUUGCCUGGCGCCUAAGAAAUAAGGAUGGCACCAGGGAGAGCAUUCCACAAGUGGGGAGCCAACACUGAAAAGGUCUGUUCUCAUGUGGCCAUCUUCCUGCCCUCCUGUGGAAGGGACACAAAGAAAACAUCUCAGACGACAAUUUAAGGAUCUGGGUUCAUUCACAUGGGAAGAGGCAGUCCUUGAGAUACUGGGGUCCCAAGCAACUUAAGGCAUUUCAGGUCAAAACUGGCACUUUAAACUGAGGCCAGAAACAUAAUUUGUAGCCAGUGCAGUCAUACCAUAAUUGGUGUUAUAUCUGUGGACCGUCUUGCCUUGGUCAACAAUCUGGCUGCUGAAUUCUGCACAAGCUGCUGUUUCUUAACCAUCUUUAAAGCCCCACAUACAAUGCAGUAAUCCAACCUAGAGGUUACCAGAGCCUUAGCAAUGGAAGCUAGGCUAUCCCUGUCCAGCUGGGGCACCAGUCAAAGCUGACAGAAGACACUCAGUCCCACUGAAACCACGUGAACCUCACGUGAUAGCAGUGGAUCCAGACAUUUUCUCAAGCUACGUACAUACCUGCUCUUUCAGAGGAAUCAUAAUCCCAUCCAGGGCAGAUUAAUCCCAUCUAUCCGGUACCAACUAACACUUCCUCAGCCUUAUCUGGGUUAAGCUUCAGUUGAACAAAGUCAAGGAAAUGAGGGGUAGAAAAACAUGGAAAGGAAAAAUAAAUAGUCUGGGAUAAUGGGGUAAAUGAGGAACAUGAUAAUGCAUUUGGGCAGGUACAAGAGAGAGGAGCAAAAGUAUGUAUGUAUGUAUUUAAUUUCUGUACUGCCCUAUACCUGAAGGUCUCAGGGCAGUUCACAUAAAAUAUCAAAUACAUAAAAAUCAAAACAACAACAACCCAAUAACCUCCCCACCCCCCACCCCAAAAAGAGCCAGCAUUUUAAAAAGGGUAUAGGAUGUAGAUCAAGUCAGGCAAAGACCUGGUUAAAAAUGAAUGUUUUGCCUGGCGCCUAAAGGUGUAUAGUGAAGGCACCAGGCGAGCCUCCCUGGGGAGAGCAUUCCACAGACAGGGAGCCUGCAGAGAAGGCCCAUUCUCAUGUUGCCACCCUCCUGACCUCUCAAGGAGGAGGCACAUGAAGAAGGCCUCAGAGCAUGAUCUCAGGGUCUGGGUAGGUUUCAUAUGGGAAGAGGUGGUCCUUGAGGUAUUGUGGUCCUGAGCUGUUCAGAUCAAAAUGAGGAAGAAGAUGGAUAUGGGAAAUAAAAGGGAAGGAAACAACUAGAGAUGAAAGGACUAUUAGGCCAGACACAAAGAGAACACUAGGCGGUGGAGGUGCAAACAUAUACAGAGCAAUGGGUGGGGGGAGGCAGACGUGAACUGGAUAAACACACUGGAGAGAAGGAUGUCAUUAACAGCCAGAAGAGACACAAAGAUCAGCCAGAUAUUUCCUCUCCUCCCCCUCCCCCCCCCACCCGCCAACUACAGGACCAGAGUGAUGCUAAACAGACACAGGCCACUUCUUUUAACUUGAGUUCAGACUUUUUCUUCUUCUUUUUUAACCAUGUCUAAUUCCACAUCCUGACAUUUGGAUGCUGCUGUCAAACACCUGAUAACCUUCAGUGUUAAGGACAUAUUUUGCUCUCAGGGAUAUAAAAGAACACUUUGGGCAUAUUUAUAAUUGUGAGCUAAUGACCUGGAAACAAAAUAUAAAAGAACCCCAAUGGUUAACUUUCACUUCAUAAUAAAGAUGGCAUUUUUUAACUCUGGCCCUGCCCAACACAUUUUCAGCAGUCAAACUACUCUCACCCUGACGCUUUCUUUCCACUAUUUGCUUUGGCAUUUUUACAAACUAAUUAGACAAGAUGUAACAUAUAUGCUGGAAACUGCAGUGGUUUGGGGUUUUUUUGCUCUACUGAAGCCUGGCUAUAGACUACUGAAACCUCUGUUCUGAGUAUUUUCAGGAUCAUAGUACCAAAGGUGACUCGCUGAGACCACUAUAUUCAAAAUGCAUACAUUCAGAGUUGCCUUUCUACUAUGACAGGUGACUAUGACUAAAACAAUGAAUGGAUUAUUGUACAUCACCGCUUCAUGCUCCAAACGUUUUACCAUUUUUUAUCUCGAAGAGAAUGAGGAAAUUUUGCUUAAUAGCAGAAUUUGGCUGGCUAGCAGGGCCAUCACUCAUAAUAUCUGUUUAUCAAACAGUCUGCUUCUGCACUCAAACCAUCUCAAUUCUGUAUCAUGUAAAAAAACCCCAAAGUGGCAGACACUGACCUCACACAAUCACAUGGUAGAUUCUGCUGUUAGAAGACUGAUAGUACCAUAAUGAGAUAGCAACUUCAGUGAUACAGCUUAUUCCCAAUUUGAGCUGACAACCUUAGAAACAGGUCCUGUAGCUGCCCUUUAACCACUAGCCAGGUCUGCAGCAGUUAGCAGGUGGAAAUGUUUCGUUCCAUGCCUUAAAAACCUUCACCUGCUGAUUUGCAUAUCUCAAACCUUUUUUAAAAAAAGGAAGAUGAGUAGGCCAAGCUGCUUUUAUCAGGUCAGAUGGUGAGACUGCAGUUGCCCAGGAGGAUUAUUUUAUCCAAAAAUUGCACAGAAUUUUUCUGUCGGGGUCCUUACAGGUAUGACACCUCGUAAAGGGGGAAUGCCCUACCACACUGUAUCCUCAAGUCAAUAAAGAAGCAGCCUAGGCCCACUGAUCCAGGAAAAUCCUAAAGUCCAGGUAUCAACCUCACUGCUAGUAAUGAAGCAAAUGGCUGUUAAGAAGUUUUAGUAAACUGUCCUACACCAGGCAUGGGAAAUUUGUGGCCUUCCAGCUGUUGUUGGGCAACUCCCAGCACAACUGACUACUAGGCCAUACUGGCUGGGGCUGACGAGAAUCAGACUCCAACAAUAUCUAAAGCCCCCCCCCCCCCAAAAUAAUAAUAAUAAUAAUUCCACAUAGUAAUCAGUACAAAGUCUCUGAGUGAGAGUUGCACCCUUCUGCAUUCAAGUUACAGUUUCCUGAGUACUUCUAAAGUCAUUGCUGCAGGAUACAUAUGGGUUGCAAGCAAAGUGAGAAUAUUAGAAAUAUUAUCUUUUUCCAAGAGGGGAACAAAACAGAACAUGAGGAGAUCUAACCACACUUCUUUUCUAGCAGAUAUACUCAAGCCUCUUUAUUGCUCCAUUUGAAAACCAUAAGAGGCUGUGGAGGAAAUUUGCUACAGGAUGUGGGUAAAGGUGCAAUCGGACAGAAGCAGGACGACACAGAUUCACAUAUUACUCUGACAGUGCCAUGCUAUACAGUAAUACUGAUCUCAUCUUCCAAGUGUUAAUCUUUAGCCAGAAGAGGGUGAAAAGAACAACAAACUAGCCAAAUGAGUACUGAGCAUCCUCAGCUGGUGUGGGAUGAUGGCUGACUGUUGUGGGGUGGGGACCAAAAACCAGGAUGACAAAAAUGGAAUGGAGUAUCCUGGGAAAGGACACAACUGGCCAGUGGGCACUUUAAACAUCCCCAUGCUGCAACAUGUGUUACAGGUCCCAUUUGUAUAACUAACCUUAGUUUAACUUCUUGGAGAUUUUGUCUAAAGUUUGUAGGGCUAUAGCCCUAUUUGAGUGUUCCAGUUAUUCUAUGCAAUUAGAAUCACAUGAAGAAGAGUGGCAACAAGUUGCUAGCUCAGCUCUCUGUCACUGUUCUCACCACUCUCUCCAAGUUAGAGGCAAAUGUCUGCAAUGCAAACCAGAGCUGGGUCCUAAACAGCACAAGGAGCCUAUACAUUUAGAAAAGAUUCCAUACUUCAGAAAUUAAUGCUCCAAUUUGUGGAUGGUACAGCAUUUUGUUGUUUUUUUUGAGGGAGAAGGGAACUAGCCCACUAAUAUGAGGUAUCAGAAUAUCUAAGUAGGGCUUAGAUGGAUGGACCAACAAUAUAACCCAGAAACACACAUUUUAUUUUAAUCAUACAGCUAAAGCAUAUACUUAGCUGUCCAAAGCUGUGGUUAGAGAAGGCUUAAGCAACAUUAUGUGAAGUAUAUCACAAUCACCAUUUUUAUUAUUGUGACUGAAUUGCAUAUUCUGUUGAAAUAUUUACUGAUUUUGCCUUGAAGAACUGUUUUAGAUAAAAUCCUAUUUCCCCUUCAAACCAUGACACUCACUCAUUUCUGCAAUACAAGAAUUAUAAUGUGGACAAACACAGCAUGGGAGCAACCUUCAGAACAAGGUAUAAGCCUGUAAUUCUUCUCAAUACUCUGAAUGACAUGGAUCUACUUAACAGGAGAGUGUACAGAGCGUUGUUAGUGAGACUAUUCCUGUGAAUUAGAUGCGAAUGAUUAGUUUAAAACACACAACUAUUAACGUAGCUAGCAUUGGAUUAUCAUAAUCAAGAACUGCUCUUUUCUCAUUUAUGUGCAAUGACUUUCUACCUUCUCUUACAACUAAAACAUAAGGCAGUGAUUCUUAAGUGCUUUAGCCUAGGCAUUCAUAUAUUCUAAGCCAAGAAAUAUGGUGUAUGCAAAUACAGAAUGCUGAUUCACAGUUCUUUCUAUCUAUAUGAGGGAACAUAACAGAACGUUAACACAUUUCCUUCCUCUUUGCCUUUCUGUAACAAUAAGUGCAUCUGCACAAGUACUGCUGUGCUACAGUUAUUAGUUGGUACCUCAGGCAACAUUAAAUUCUUAAACUUGCAGAAUGAUAAGCACUGCCAUUCUGCUGGGAGAACCAGCAUCAAAAUGAGCAGGGGAAAGUCAUGCAAUGUGAGUAGUAUCAAUUUCAAAUUACUAAAGCAGAGGUUAAAAAACUGCUAUUACCAGCUCUACUGUAGCUGGGUAAUGAAAAUGUUUUUCAAAUUUCAGAUAACCAAGGCAUCUGCCUCUUCUCAGGGGAGCUCAAGGCAGCAUACAGGGUUCAUUCCUCCUAACUGUAUCUCCACAACAACCUUGUAGGGUAGUUCAGGCUGAGAAAUAGUGAAAUGCCCAAGGUCACUCAGUGAGCUUCACAGCUUAAUACAGAUCUGAUCUCCCUGAUACUAUUCAGACACUUUAACCACUGCACCACACUGGCUCUGGAUAAGCUUCCUGCCAGAGUGGUCAGCAGAGAGGGGUGACACUAAGCACCUAGCCUCCCAGCCGUGGUGUCUCUGCUGCUUGCUGAGAGUGACAGGGGCAAGGUGGCAGUGGAGAUGGGAACUGCACGGAUGCACCAGUAGAGCCAACCUGGUACUCCUGCCAAUGAGCCCUCACAGACCCAACCUGGCAUCUCAGCCCAUUCAGUAAAGAGCAGCAGCAAUGCUGCUACCAGGAGGCCAGAUGUACAGCAGCAGCCCUUCCUGCUGGCCGCUCCCUGUCUCUUGACUGGAAGGCAACUAGCUCAGAGCAGUAAUACAUUGUGAGACUCAAUGGGCAGUCUCUUCUGAAGACAGGCAACUCUGUUACAUCUCUACACCUGGAUUGAUUGAAUGAUCCAAUCACAUCAGAUGCAAAUAUAUGAAAGAAUUAUCUUGCCCCAGGAUGCUGUGGAAGAUUACUGGAAGGAGGCAACAACAGGAAAAUGUGCAAAAUCACUGAUCAGGCUGCCAACUUUGUGGGAGGGUACUCUAAAUUAAAGAAAUCCUCACUGCACUCUGGUAGUGGUCUGGGCACAAUAGAAUGUCCUUCUGGCAUGUACACAAUGAACAUGUAUGAAAUACAAGCACUUACAUUUUAUAACCUAUAGACAAAUCUAAUGACUGAAAACACCAUUUUCAAUCUACGAACAUAAAGGGGUAUUCAUUCACCAAACCAUAACACAAUCCAGUCAAAAUUUGGCAUUUAAAACAUAGGACAGUGGGCAUGUACUGUGGAGUCAGGACUAAUCCAUGGCUUCAUGAUAUUCAUCUACCUUAUGGUUGUUCUUAUCUUGGAUCAUACAUGAUCCAAGUCGUGUUUGGGGAAGUAACAUAUGAUCUGGGUGCCCAUGCUGGGGUCCAAUUCUCCAGAAACCCCGUUUGUAGUUUCUCUCCUUCAGGGGUAUGUGGGGAGUUGUAUAAAAAGCAUGAGUGACAGCAUGAACUCUGGGCUCAAACUUCAUUUCCCUCACAUGGAUGUUGCAGUGAAACUGCUGUAAAGAGGGUUGUGUUUUUAAAGUACAGUAGACCCACAAUUUAUGAAGGGCUUAUGUUCGGGGGAUAGCGUGUAAAGCCAAACUUGCAUAUAGUCAAAACACAUUGGGUGCAAUGGUGAGUGGGAUUGCCAUAGUGUUUUCCCCAGAUGCCCUCUCCCUUUUAAUUUUUUUUUUAAAUGUUUGCCAAGCACAUAAAGCUGAAUGCACACAAGUUAAAUGUCCAUAAGUUGUGAGUAUACUGUUAUGAAGCAGGGAGGCUUUUUCUUCAGUUUCAAAGCAUAAGCAGCUGGUAUAAUAGUUUAUUGCAGAGUUUCUCUUGAAGUUAUCCUGCGUGCAAUUCCAUCCCUGCCACAGCAUCACCCCCCUCUCAUGAGCUCGGAGAUAAAGUCAUGACAUACAGCUUUAUGGAUUCUCAUCUAAAACUGCUGCAAACAAGCUUGUGACCUCAAGCAUCUUGCACAGAAAAAGCUUCUGGAAAAGCCACAGUUAUCAAAAAACAAAGGCUAAACCUCUCCAAAAAGGCAUCAAAAAUUCUAUGCUGACCUCUCAAAGUAGUUUACAGUUUGCAUUUUGACUGAGUCCACUGGAAAAGUGCCACAUUCUUUUCCUGAUCAGUGUAAGGCCAAUUGUGAGUCAUUGCUUCUGUUGCACUAUUUUACUGUUCAGGAAACCAAUGAGCUGUACAGCAGCUUCACAUUUUUAAUUUAUUCAUCUCUUUACCCCAAAGUGAUGUUCCACUUCCUGCUGAACCAAGCAAUACCUUUAGGAGGAAGCAAAGAGGGAAAAAAACAAGGUAAGGAGGGAGGAGAAACCCCUGGAGAUACUGUGGGACUGCCUGAAAUGAAAAGUUUACUUCCAAGGUUGAGAAAACAUUUUCUGAUGCACAUCAGGUUGAUUCUUCAUUUCCUUUUGAGGUGUGUAAAAGCAGAGCAGGGGUUUCAUGGUCCAGGUGUCCAGAUCUGACACUGUUUCAUGAUCUAGAUCAGGAGUCAGCAAACUUUUUCAGCAGGGGGGCGGUCCACUGUCCCUCAGACCUUGUGGGGGGCUGGAGAGCCUUGUCUGUUAGAGAGGGGUAGAGGAGGCUCUAACCCAGGUUAGGAACAUCCUUGGUAGAGACAUGGCAGGUUAUGUUGCCUCUCUAGGAAGAAGCUCGCUGACUUUCAAGAGAAGUGAUGGGGACCUGUGGCUUUCCAGACAUUGUUGGUCUAAACUCCCAUCUACUGAUUUUUUUAUCACGCUGGUUAGGGAUGAUGGGAAUUUCCAGCAUCAUCUAGACCAGGGGCCGGCAACCUUUUUCAGCUGUGGGCCGGUCCACUGUCCCUCAGACCAUGUGGUGGGCUGGACUAUAUUUUGUUUGGGGGGGAGAAGAAAUGAACAAAUUCCUAUGCCCCACAAAUAACCCAGAGAUGCAUUUUAAAUAAAAGCACACAUUACACUCAUGUGAAAACACCAGGCAGGCCCCACAAAAUAACCCAGAGAUGCAUUUUAAAUAAAAGCACACAUUCUACUCAUGUAAAAGCAUGCUGAUUCCUGGACCGUGUGCGGGCUGGAUUUAGAAGGCGAUUGGGCCGGAUUCGGCCCCUGAGCCUUAGUUUGCCUAACCAUGAUCUAGAUUAUAUUCCAAGCACCCAAUCCUUCAGAUGUCUGUUCGGUUCAAGUGAACAACAGGUUCAGUGUCACCUCAUUGGAAGGAUGUGAAAGAAUUAACUGUGGUAGGGAACAUUUGGCCUGUGGGUUCCCCAAUAUUCAAAGCAGAUUUUCAGGGAGCUCAAGAGAUAGCAGAAGGAUUGAAUCCAAGCAAUUUUUUUAAAAAAAUAAAAUAAAAUUAAUUACCAUAAAAACUCAUUAUGGACAUUUUAAUAUUUUACUGUUUUACCUAGUCAUGGUAUCUACUUCAAUACACUGAUUAAUUUAUGUAUCAUUUACCUUUGUAUCCUGUACUACCUUGAAUGGAUAUAUGCACUAACAAAACAUUUGGAAUAUUUAAAGUCACACUUGUAGCACUGAAAUUUAUUUUACAAAUUCUAUUUUUAAGUCAAAAAUAUGCAAAUUUCCAAAACUAAUUCAAGGGGAGUUUUUGAAGGUAUAUUUACUCACUUGGAGGGAGUUUGCAAAGUUAGGUGCAAAUGCAUUUAUUAUGUGCAACAUUGCAAAGAUAGUAUUUGCUAUUUAAAAAACCAACACCCUUAUAUUUGCUCAAAUCACCAAACAUUAUCAAACAUUUUUUGAUAGUUGAUCUAGGUAUAUUUGUACUAGCUUUUAGUGUACCUCGCAAACAAAGUGUUUAACAUUUACCAGCCCAUGAAAAAAAUGAAGCCAUGUCUCUAUUGUUGCUGUGUAGAUGUUACUGUUCACAUGCUUGAAUCCACAUGCUUGAAGGAGGAAGUCUCAAUUUUGUGUUUGUGUGUGUGCAUUAACAGUAUGUAUAUUUGCAGUGAUCCAAUGAAAAGAAGUGCCCCUGAAGAAGGAAAAGAAUAGUGAAAUGUCUUGGACCUUUAAACUACAAUAAACUUUGAGAACACUUCCCUCUUUCAUUUUCUUGUUGUUCACAUAACUACACAACCCAGAAAUUAUAAAGCUGUGAAUGUGGCUAGCUUCAUGCUAAGACUGGCUAAGGUAUGGGAAGUACAUUGCUAACCACUUAGAAAUGUUUUGCUACUUUUAAUGGUAGUGAUUCUAAGAGAGAGGUGAGCCUCAGCAACGCAAAUGGCCAGUGCACAUGUAAUUUGCGUAACCACAUGCUCCUUCCCAAUCCCUCCUUGUGGAACCUGGCAAGCCUUAACCACAUAAUCACAUUUCCCAUAGGGACAUUAUUCCCUGUGUUUGUGGUGUUCUUUUACGUUGUGUUAAAAUUCAUUUUGUGUUCAAGACUGCCUUCAACCUUUCACAGGGCUGUACUGUUCCCCUGAGGAAAGGUGAGAGACCUUCAGCUCCCAAGGUGAACUUCUGUAUCUCUAGAUCAGAGAUCCUCCUUUGGCUCAUGGGCCGAUCUUGGCCCACCAGACUUCCCCACUUGGCACAUGAGUCCACCAUGUGUAAGCCAUGGCCACCCCCAUGACACCUGAUGUCAUACAGUUAAGGGUGGGGCUUGACCAAAGCUGCUUUGUCCAGCUCCGAAAGCAACCGGCAACCAGUUGGUUGUCAGGAGCCUUUGAAAUGCUACACGAAGCAGGAAAUCAGUGCUGAGCAGGAUCACUCUCCCUUCAUAUCAGCUGAUCCAAAGGGAGAUCAAAUUCUAAAGAACUUCUGAAGUUCUUUAGUUUAUUAACUUCUCUUUCUCUCUCUCUUAAAUCUUUUUCUAUUCCCUUUUCUCUUUUUCUUCAUUUUCCUUCCUUCCUCCUCCUUCUCC